AAAAAUCACAUCACAAUCGCUGCUUCAUAUGAAUUUAACUUUCAUUUUUUAAUUAUUUUAUUGAAUAUGAACUAAUUGAGCGAUACCCAUUGUCAUAUUGUAAAUUGUGUAUUUGAAUAUAACAUAAGAAUGAACAACAGUACGGAACAAAUAUUUAUUGUAAAUUCUCCUGGAAAUCAUUCAGAAAUUGGACCGCAAAAAAAUUCCGAAAAUACAUCAAGCCAAGUCAACCUCGAGAAUGUUGAAGAUUUCUCAAAUGUGUGCCGCACCUGUGCAACUAUUACUGAAUUUGUUAUUCCGAUCUUUAUGGGAGAAGGCUUACAGAAUAACCUAGCAGAUAAAAUACGUAAACAUUUACCAAUCCAAGUAUUAGAACAAGAUGUCCUACCACGAGUGGUAUGUUACCAGUGUGCCAGCACAUUGUUGGCGUGGCAUGAACUAGUACAAUGCUGUGUGCAGGCUGACAAAGCAUUAAAGACCCGCCUUGCAGUAAUACAACAUAAUCAGAAGAACUCAAAGCAUGAAGCUGGGGAAAACAUACACAAGGAAUCUCAAGCAAAGUCAAGAAAAUUAUUAUGUGUUUCAAGUAUUAAAAAAGUAUUGACAGAAUAUUUCAAAUUAUCAGAUGAGGAUUUGGAUCAUUCAGGUUUAGAGUUUAUAUGUGAAAAAUGUGACAAUGAAUCGAGCUUUCAGACACUACAAAGCUUUGUUGAACAUCUUAAGUUGCAACAUAAGUUUGAAAUCAAAGACAAUAAGUCAGUAGAAAAUUUUAUGAAAGAAUAUGUAUCUAUUGUGGAGAUGUUAGUUAGUGAAGAUCAAAUAGCUGAUCUGGAGCCAGAAAAAGGAAUGGUGGAUGUGAAAAUUCCAAGAUUCUAUUGUCCCUUCUGUGAAAACGCAUUUUCUUCUACUACGCGUCUUAUUUGCCAUUUGAAUCAACAUGUUGAUGUCUGUAUUGAAAAAGGAGUUGCAUGCUGUGAUAAUGUUUAUAAGGAUACAAAAUCCUUUGCAGUACAUCUGCAAGAGCGGCAUGUAAAUCACCCUCCAAAUGCUACAAAUAUAUGCCAAAGUUGUGGUUUUGCUGCUGAAGAUAGUCAACAACUUCAGUCACAUGUUCAAGAAUCUGACAGAAUUUGUUGGGCAAAAGAUGGGAUGCAUGCAAUAUGCCAACAGUUCGAACAAUCUAUCAAAACUCAGCAAAACUUGCGAGUAUUGUGACACAAAACAAUCGGAUGACCUUUAUACGGAUCAAUUGAUCACCAUGCAUUCGGAAUCAUUAUUCCAUUGUAAUGAAUGCGACACAUAUUUGGACAGAAAAGACUUCAUUCUUCACAUGUCUAUGCACGUUCAGUACGUAGCUAAUAGUGACAAAAAGGAAGCUCUGAAAAAACUGAGAAAAAAGAAAAGCAACAAAGAUAAAAACGAAAAUGCAAUGACUACGCCAAAAUCAAAUCCAUCUCAGAACAAGGAAACUGUAGAAAAGACAACCAAGAAUUGUCCAGGAGACAAUAGCAACAAUGACACACCAGAAAAUGAAUUUUCGGAUCAUAGUGAUGUGGAAUACUUUGGACGCCUACCCGAAUCAGUGUUCGAAGCUAUUGAAGACUCACAAGAUAGCCAAAGCGAUAAUAAUGAUCCGGACGUACCGCAGACUCCAGAAAACAAUGAACUAAACGAAAAUAACGAAUGUAUUAACACGUCUAAAGAUUUCGCUCCAACUGCUCGACCUGCAUCAGAUAGUAAAACUGAAAAAAGACACAAAAAAACACGCACUUGUCCCAUUUGCUCAAAAGUGUAUACAGCCUCAUCUAGCUACUUCUAUCAUUUGAAAAAUUCUCAUCAAGAAAGUAAAGACUACGAGUGCGAUGUAUGCGGGAAAAGGCUAGGAAAUAAAAGUAGUUUAGCGCAGCAUGCCUCUAUACACGUGAGCGAGCGUCGCUUGGAGUGUAGGCAGUGCGGAAAAAAAUUCCGUUCAAAAGCCAGUUUAUACAUCCACGAGCAAAUUCACAGCAACGUUAAGACUUGGGCUUGUAACCAAUGCAGCAGAUCGUUUAGGUGGCGUACGCACUUGUUAAGACACUUAAAACGCCAUUCAGCUGAGAAAUCGCAUGUUUGCUCGGCAUGUGGGCGGGGCUUUAAAAUCCAUUGUGAUUUGUUGCGACACGCCCGCACACACACCGCUGGUAACUUUACUUGUGAGAAAUGCGACGUCAAAUUUGCGCAACAAAGAUAUUUAAAAGUGCAUAUGCUCAAGAAACAUUCCACUAGAAUAACAGGAAAUGAAUCUCAAGACUAGAAACAAGCACUUGUUUGUAUAUAACACAUGGUUAAACUUUUAACGUGAUAACAUAAAUGUUUUUAUAGAUUGUAUGAAUAACUUUCAUGAACUUGUAAAUGAGUAAUUGAG